AUGACAAAAGUAAAUUUACAGUUUGAACCAGGAGUAGAUGGAAAAUUGAUCUACUAUUCCGGUCAUUUAUUGAAAGGAGUCGUCGAGCUCAAACUUGACCAUCCUAAAAAAUUCCGAGGUCUUCAUGUAACAAUUUUCGGAUCAGCUCGAGCACAUUGGACAAAGAGGGAAAGAAAAUAUCGUCGUGAUUUUGGUCUUUUUGGAAAUGGUUAUAGACGAACCAACGACUAUCAUACAGUACACUAUGAAGGUAUUGAAGUAUAUGUUAAUACCAGAAGUUACUUGUUUGGGAAAAGUGGUGGACCAACAUUUGAAAUGGCACCAGGAACUCAUAGAUAUGAAUUUAAUUGUCAACUGCCUCCUUAA